AUGCAGCUUCCAGCUCGCUGAUGGCAACAGAUAAGUAAAAAAGUCAGCAGGACAACACACAGCAAGUGAAGUGGAAAGCGGCUCCUGUUCUACUCCUUCUAUCCCACUCUGGAAAAGUUUUGGACAAGGCACUCUUUCAGGAACCUCUCCGCACUGAGAAGCAGCGUUCUCCUUUUUUUUGGUCUCUUUAUGCCGGUGAGUUGACGUCGUCUCGUGUGGUGUGGAGGUGGAAGACAACGUCUUCUUCUACCCAGCGCGCCCGAGGGUCUAACUAAUGACGGCAGAGGUCCAGCAGCCCCAAGCGCACACUCCUGCCCAGAGCGGCCCCAUGUCUGCUCCGGACAAGACCGCGGUGAUGGACACCGCCGCCUCCUCCACCGCCAAAGCCAAAAAGACCAACGCGGGGAUCCGCCGGCCGGAGAAGCCUCCUUACUCUUACAUCGCCCUCAUAGUCAUGGCGAUCCAGAGCUCCCCCACUAAGCGGCUGACCCUCAGUGAGAUCUACCAGUUCCUGCAGAGUCGCUUCCCCUUCUUCAGGGGCUCCUACCAGGGCUGGAAGAACUCGGUGCGCCACAAUUUGUCCCUAAACGAGUGCUUCAUCAAGCUGCCCAAGGGUCUGGGCCGGCCAGGGAAGGGUCACUACUGGACUAUCGACCCGGCAAGUGAGUUUAUGUUCGAGGAGGGCUCGUUCAGGAGGAGACCCCGAGGGUUCCGGCGCAAGUGCCAAGCGCUCAAGCCCAUGUACAGCAUGAUGAACGGUUUGGGCUUCAACCACAUCCCAGAGUCGUACAACUUCCAGGGGAGCGGCGGGGGCCUGUCGUGUCCGCCCAACAGCUUGUCCCUGGACAGCGGGAUCGGGAUGAUGAACGGACACCUGGCGGGGAACAUGGACGGCAUGGCUCUGUCCGGCCACUCGAUGACGCACUUGUCGGCCAACGGCGGCCACUCGUAUAUGGGGAGCUGCGCGGCGAACGCCGCCGAGGGGGGCUACCCUCACCACGACAACUCCGCCUCGCCUCUGCUCACCAGCGGCGGCGUGAUGGAGCCGCACCCGGUCUAUUCUAGCCCGGCGUCGGCGUGGGCUCCGAGUCCCAAUAACGGAGCUUCUUACAUCAAGCAGCAGCCGCUGUCUCCGUGCAACCCCGGAGCCAACGCGCUGCAGCCCAGCCUGCCCACGCACUCGCUGGAGCAGCCUUACCUGCACCAGAACGGCCACACGGCCACGGACUUGCAAGGCAUCCCUCGGUACCAUUCGCAGUCUCCGAGCAUGUGUGACCGGAAGGAGUUCGUCUUCUCCUUCAACGCCAUGACGUCGUCAGCCAUGCACUCGCCGAGCAGCAGCUCCUACUACCACCACCAGCAGGUCUCCUACCAGGACAUCAAGCCGUGCGUCAUGUGAUGCGGGUUCAGUUCGGUUCAGCUCCGUGCAGCUGAAACGAAAAGGAAAAGAAAACCACUGAGGGGACGUGAAGGCCUCUCGAAAGACAAGCCGGACUACUUUUUCCUCCCCUCUUCCGUCUCACACAAGCGCGACCAUAUGCAGUGAUGAUGAUGAUAAUAAUAUAUAAUAAUACAAACUUUUACGUGCCGUCAUGGAGCAGCGGGGUGAAAGUCUGAUGACGUUUGGUACUAGGUCCUGCAUCGCGGACUACAACUACACAUUUUUUGUCCAGCUUUUCUUCUUCAUCCUUGUUAAAAAAAAAAAAGAUGCACACUUUUAUUUUCUGUGUUCUCUUUCUUCUUUUUUUGUUGUUGUUGCAUAAAACACUCUUUUGGAAUUCCAGUGACAUGAACAAUUGUGGACAAUAUAUUGAUGUGUCCAUGUAUACUGUAUAAAAUGAUUAAGGCACUUUUUGAAUAGCCUAUAAGCGCAACUUUUUUUUUUAUUUAUUCGGAACUGAAAGCCUGCAUAUUUUUCAUUUCAGGCGAAUUGGCCAAGGAGGUUUUGCUUUAUUGGCAAUAUUUGUCAGAACGCUUAUUAUUUGUUUUAAAAUGAAAAGUGAGGAUAUAUUGUAAGCACCGUUUCUGUCAUUAUGUAUAGACCACCAUGAAUUAAUGCCAGCACUGUUCUAUAGAUUGUUGGAGAAUUUAGCAAAGGUCAUCUUUAUUACAAUCUGUAAGAAAUAAAAUAUUUUUGGGGCUGUUGAUGCCUAAAUUCUCGAAACAGAUACAUUUGGAUUUUGUUUAGCAUACAAAACCAGUUUAACAACUUCAAACUCAAUCUAUUCGUCAAUUAUCAA